AUGGCCACAUUGGCGCCCGCUGAGCGUCAUGAGGAUCUCACCGACAUAUGCCAGCAGGUCGAACUGGCCUGUGUGCACAUUGGCUCAUUAGAUGAGACUGAGCGUACCAAGGCCUCUGACAUUCUACUAGCCUUGCCACAAUCGCCUUGUCUUGUGGACGUGGUGCGCUAUCUUCUUACACAGUCGACGCAGGAUGCCGUGCAUUUUCACGUGCUGGGGGCUUUCCUCACGGGUAUCGCACACGUGGACGACUUGCUUCAGCUAGAAGGAGUGUGUGAAUGGCUCUUGCAGCGAGCGACACACCAUGCAUCACCAGCGUACGUACGCGCGCGGUACGUGCGUGCGAUCGUGAUCCUAAGUUUGCGCAUGACCGGUCUGUCUACUCGGACGACGCCUAAUAGCACCCCCCUUCUCACACUCGGCAAGCAUGCGCAGUCCCUCUUGCGCACGCAUGACAUCAUCGGCUGGGCCUUAGCCAGUGCAUUGGCACACGAAUUUCUUGACCAGGACGAGGACCGAACGAGUGCGGGUCUCCGUGAAAAUGAGUUUGUGUGGUGUGCGGCUCUGGUCCAGGUGGCCGUGAUACCCGAUCUGGUACCGGUUCUGCUCUCUUCGUUCCACGCUACGGGCCCUUCCUCGCCUGUGUGGCCUAUCGCAGCCGACUGUGUCCAGGCAUGGCUGGGCUGGCGCUGUGUGUCGCUACCAGAUACGCCAUCUUCACACGCAGAACUGUGGACCUAUGUGCGUGACACGCCGCCUGAGCCACCGCUGCCUGGCGUAACGCUGCGCGUCUCGCCGCCUCUCGCGCCGCUUUACCUCCAUCCUGACGUGGCUACGGUACUGGGCCAUGCGGCGCGACAAGCUCCCUCCCCUGUACCGACGGCCUGCUACGAAGCCAUGCUGCAUGUGGCCAACUACCGCCCAUGGAGCAAGGAAGUGGCUGGCACAUGGCCUGAGCAGCGUGCUGCCCUUCUUCACGUACUGAUGGACUUGACCGAGAUGCCCAAUGCGUCUGACGACGACAUCGCAGCGCUCCAGCGAGUAACGCACAUCUAUACCCAGCUCAUGUACACCGAUAGCGGGUGUGUCUUGAUGCAAGGCGCCGUGUCAGCGCCCAUGCUCCUCGAAGCUUUGGUACGCGUCAGCACAGUGUGUCUCCACGUGGCAUUUGACCGCGUGCCACGCGGCUCUCAGGCCACGGAGGCCAGUGAUGCGGCGGUGGAUCAGGCCUUGGCACUGUGGCGUUCGCUCUUAUGUGCUUUGCCUGAGUCUGAUGCUGCGCACGUCCACUCCUACGUACGUGAGCAUGUCGUGCUGCCGUACCAGGCUGGACGCCUCCAUGCGGCUGCCCUCACGGCCGAGCUCGAUGCGGACGACUUGUGGGGCGAAGAGGAUGCUCAGGAUGCUGACUUGUACGACGACCAGCUGACACUGUAUGCUACACUGGCUCGGACUUGCGUGCGUGAGGCCCUCGCGCAUCUUUCUUCUAUCGUGCAGCAGCCGGCUAUGCGUGACAUCGUCCAGAUGCGGCCGGCGACGUGGGAGCAGUGGCACUGGCUGGCUCUCAUGCUCGGCCACUUGGUCGCCGAUGCAGGCGAAGGCGAGAUCGCGAGCGUGCCUGAAGCUCUGCGUGAUGCGCCCGCUGAUGCACUGUUACGCGAGUGCUUUGCAUGGCAAGGCGUACUAGCUAUGCAUGGACCGCAUGGCAGUGCUACGCCAGCGAGUCCUCAGACUCUCGCUUCGCUCUUAUGGCUUAUGGCGCGCUGGGUGCCUGCGUAUCUUCUGCAAGAGAAUCCGAGUCCUGUCGAGAGGCCGUUCGCAGGCGACGGCGGUCUGCAUAUACUCGACGAGUGGGCUGGAUGCUGUCAUCGUUUGGUACAGUCGUGGAGCAACGAUGCGCAGGUGCUUAUAGCUAUGGCGCACGUUUGGGAUGCCUUGGCACGGUCGCCUGGUGCGAUGCGCGUAUGGCUUGCCAAGGACCAAGUGUAUGCACUUGUGCGUGACGACAUGCUUGGAUCACUCGAGGCGCUUCCUGAUACCGUCCAAGCGCCGUUGCUGCGGGCCGUCGUUCGAUGCGUCGAUGCGACACGCGAUGGACCACAAGCGUCGGCAGAACAUGUGCGCUCGCUGUACUACCCCUUGAUCGUACAAGCUGCCCAGGCGCGCAUGAAUGCGGCGGCACUCGCGCCAUCGCCGCUAUCGAUCCAGUCGGCGCUGGCCUUGUGGUGUGCUUUGGCCGAGGCAGCUGAUCCCAGCACGAGUGGACUGGUGCAUGUGCAUUUGUGCACGCAACUGCCCGCCAUGACGGCGUUGGUAUCACAUCAAGCUGCGCAGGCAGACGUCCAAAUCACGGCGAUGCAGGCGAUGCAUGCGUUGCUGAGAGCUGCCCCUGAUCUUGACGCAGCUGUGCUACCGGACUUGGCGCGGUAUACGUUCGUGCUUCUCGAGUCGGCACACGCGUGUCUUGGCAACGUACGUGAUGCGGACGCGACGCAAGAGAGCGUCAUAGUGACCUACUUGCACGUCGUGGAGGAGCUCGUGCGGGCCUGUACGGAGGCGCCGAUGCUCCAUACGUGGUGCCUUCGUGCGCUUGAGAUCAUGGCACCUGUGCUCUCUCUCGAUGUUCUGCGCAUCCCUUCGAUCAGCGAGGCAUUAGCGACGCUGAUCCACGCCAUGCUGAUCAUUCUGAGGCCGGCGCUUUUCGCAUCAGCAGAAGGCGCCGAGGCCGUGCCUAAUCUCGCUGCUCCCUUUGAUGAGCCGUGUUUCACUCGCAUGCCGGCAUUCCAGCUCGUGGUGCGCGCAUCCUUGUAUCUUAUCGGCACGUGUGAUGCACGCACGGAGAGCGUGGCGAGCGCCGUCGCACAGGGCCUGGGCUAUGUGGCCGAGGGCUUGCCAUCCCUGACGCGUCCGUGCCCCGCGGUCCAGGUCGUGAUGGACGAUGCGAUUCGACAAUUGUGCCUGCUCGUCUUUCUCCGACCCAUGCAGCCAGCGAUGCUGACGCCACUCAUUCUCGCAUUGCGCCGUACGGUCCUGAGUCGACUAGAUGCACAUGCGCUCGGUGGCGCAGAGACGCUCCUCCCUUCCCUGGCUGCGUCAUGCCAUACUCCGGCGUAUCGCGCCGCUGUAGAGCAGGCCAUGCAGCACGUGUGGGAAAGUCGCGCUCCCCCGCCUGUGCCUGCUCCGACACCCGUGAUGACAGCACGCAUGCAAGCCAAGGCCGAGCAGGCCGCAGCCCUCGCGCUGAACCGCACGCUGCGCCCCUUGGUCCAACACGCACGGCAAACAUUGCGACUCCAUACCUAG